CGCAGGAAAAAACAAAUAUUUACGAAAUGAAUAGUGGAAGCGGCAGGGAUAUAAAGUCUAGGACAGUGUUUUAAGUCACCAUCCUUGUACACGACCAUAAAGAAGUCUAUUGAUCUUGAAUGGCUCUUGACCCGCGGGGGGUGAUGGAUGAGAAGCUUUCCGUGCCGCCUAACACCCACGCCAUUGGAAACUAAACCCAAAUAAACACAAACAAGCUGGAAGUAUAGGCGCAGGAAAAUUAUCGAAGGAAGAGGGACGCCAAGGGGACGUAGAGGCGAGAACCAUUGUGGCUGCGGCGGCGGCGACGGUGUGGAGAGGACAGAGGAGGGGAGGUGAGGGAGGCAAGCCAACCACCCAGUGUUGGUGCUGAACAGUGGCGGAGCGGAACAGCAACACCUACACCAUCAAUACCACUACACCAACAUCAGACGGGCUUGUGUGUCUGUCUGUAUCCUCCUAUAGCUCUUUAAACAGCGCCGCAGCAAGUGUAGUGAGUGAGCAGCGGCUGUGUUGCGCGGUGUUGUGGCGCCAGGACAGUGUGUGUGGUGGCGCCCUGCGUGACACCUUGGCCAGGACACCCAGGGCAGCCUGUAGGCCCGCGACGGGUGUCAUGACGCUGUGCAGGGCGGGGCUGUAGGCCUAUGCAUUCUCCCUGAAGCAGCAGCAGCAGCCACUCUCAAGAUGGCAGCCCAGCAAGGGAACAACAGAAUGGCCGUGCCCAAACGCAAGCGCCCGGAUGGGGAGGAGGGCAGCAGCAGCAGCAGCAGUGUGUCCACUCCGCUGGCUGAAGGGCGACCCAAAAGGCGGAGGAAUGACACUACCCUGGUGGACACAAUACAGUACAUCUUUGAUGCCCUGAGAAACAAGAAGAAGGAUGAGGAGGUUUACCUGUGUGAGGCCUUCUUGAGGGUGCCCAGGAAGAAGACAGAACCACAGUAUUAUGAAGUGAUUAAGUCUCCCAUUGACAUGCUCAAGAUCCAACAGAAGAUCAAGACUGAUGUGUACAAUGAGCUGGAAGAGUUUUGCAAGGAUGUGCAGCUCCUUGUGGACAAUGCCAAGCUCUACUAUGCCAAGUCAACAGACGAGUACAAGGAUGCCUGUGAGCUGUGGGAAAUUUUCUUAUCAGCCAAGGAACGUGCUCCCGAUGAGAUCAACAAGGAGAAGCUCCGACAGCAGCAGAUUGAGGAUGAGGAGCGGCAGGGGAAGAGGGUCAGCACAAUGCAGAGGACCCGUGGGGUUCCCAAAACGGCCCUCGCCAUGUCAGCCCCAAUGAUCCUGGAGGAGGACAGUGAUCCCAUGACAAUGGAGGAUGCCAUUGAAGAGUUGUUUGGGGCUGUCAUGACUGCCAUGGACCCAGAAGGCCGUCUGUACAAUUAUGACUUCAGGCUUCUUCCAUCCAAGAAUAAAUACCCUGAAUAUUACCAGUUGAUUGAACACCCACUAGACCUGAAGAUGGUGGCUCAAAGGAUCCAGGCCAAGGAGUACAAAACCAUUGAUGACUUGGAGGAUGACUUUGCCCUCCUCUUCAACAAUGCCUGUACCUUCAAUGAGCCUGGCUCACGCAUCUUCAAGGAUGCCCGCACACUCAAGAAACUGGUGCAGCUACGUAAGGGAGACCUAAUGCAGAUCCUCAAUGCCAAGAAAUCUGUACGCCUCAGGAGCAAGAGGAAUGCCUCCAAUAGACCAUGGUCAGCUCUGAUGGCUGAGCUAGAGGAAGGCAUAAAGCUGCCACUGCCAGAGGAGGAGGGUGGUGGUGGGGGCACAGAGAUGCCCCUUGGCACCACCCACGAUGAUGAGGAGAGUGAUGAAGAUGUGGAUCCAGACAAUCCACAGUGGCAGCUCUUCCUUGCCGCCAAGAAUCUCACAGCUCCCAGUGAUCCCAACUACCAGCUGGUGGAGCCCUUCAAGCGGCUGCCCAACAGACGCUGGCACGCUGACUACUAUGUGGAGAUCAAGAACCCAAUAUCCAUGUCACAGAUCCGAAAGAAGAUUGUGAAGGGGGAGUAUCGCUAUAUCCCAGACAUGGUGGAGGACUUCAACCUUAUGUUUGACAAUGCUCAGCAGUAUAAUCGGCCUGACUCCAGGAUUUACAGGGAUGCUGUCAAGCUGCAGAAGUACAUCCAGAACAAGGCAGAGGAGAUUAUGGCUAUGGAUGAUGAGGAUUCCGAUAGCUACAGUGAUGAUGACGAGUCCCACUCCCAGUCACACUCCCAUGGACGGCGACGGCUUGCUCGGCCCACACGUCCCCUGACCUUUAAGCGCAGAGCCAGGAUUCUCUUCAAGACCUUGAUGGACUACAUGACAGAGGAUGGCCGCCAGCCCAUUGUGGCCUUCAUUGAGAAGCCUGCUAAAAGGGAAUACCCAGAUUAUUAUGAGGUGAUUACUCAGCCGAUAGACAUGGAGACAAUUGAGAGCAAGAUUAAGGGCGAGCGAUACAACACAGAGGAGGAGCUUAUCUCGGACUUCAAGCUCAUGUUCCACAACUGUCAGCGCUACAACGAGGAGGGCUCCGUCAUCCACACAGACGCUACUACGCUGGAACGGGUAUUGAAUGAAAAGAUCCGGGAGCUAAACCAGGGUGAUAUGAGCUUGGCCAAAGCCAAGCUGAUCAAGAAGCCCAAGUUCCCAGUGUACGCCAGCAAUGCCAAGCACAUCAAGGGCCUCUACAGUGCUGUGCGGGACUUUAGGGACAGUGAGGGACGCCAGCUGUCUGAGGUGUUCAUGAAGCUACCAUCUAAGGCACUCUACCCUGACUACUAUGAGGUUAUCAAGCAGCCUAUAGAUUUGGAGAAGGUACUGCAGAAGUGGAAAAGUGCCACCUACUUCAGCCUGGAUGACAUGAUGGCAGAUCUCACCCUCAUGUUCCAAAACGCAUGUCGCUACAAUGAGCCAGACUCUCAGAUUUACCGGGAUGCCCUCACUCUGCAACGCCACGCUCUUGAGAAGCGUCUGGAGCUGUGCAGCCAGGAUGAGGGUGUUCCCAACGUGGCUGUGCUGGUGCAGGAACUUUUCAUGUCCCUCUUCAUUAGUGUGUACAACCAUGAGGAGGAAGACGGGAGGUACACUGCUGAGAGCUUCUGCGAGUUGUCAGACUAUGAUGAGGUGGAUGGGAAGAAACUGAGAGCACUUUCCUAUGACAUCAUGAAGAGGCGUUUGGACAAGGGUCUGUAUACCCGCCUUGACCACUUCCAGGAAGACCUGUUCUCAGUGUUUGAACGUGCCCGCCGCUGUUCAAAGCUGGAUUCACGUGUUUACAUGGAUGCCAUCACCCUGCAGACUGAAUACAUGAGGAUCAGAGAUGAGCUGUGCAACAAUGGUCAAACACUCAAGUCCAAGGCACUGGAGUUCACAGAGGUGGACCUGAACAGUCAGCUGGAGAUGUCCCGCAGCCAGCGCCAGCAAGAAUCAGACCAGGAUGCUGAGGAUGAAGACUCCAAGCCUCCGCCACAGCCCACUGAUGGCACAAACAACAGCAGUCUGAGUCACAAUGAGGUGCAGUACUUUGUUGGGGACUUUGUCUACCUCUCCCCACCAGACAAGUGUACGGGUGGAUCAUCUUGUGCUGAAAAGAGGUGUUUGGUAGGAACAGCCCACUCUCAGCAAAGACGUCCACCAGCCACUCCACAUUCUCAUGCUGUCCAGAACUGUGAGUACCCGAUCUUGCACAUCGAGCGGUUGUGGACCAACAGUGAGGGCCGCCAGAUGGUGUACGGCUGCAACUACUACCGCCCAGCAGAGACUUUCCACUUGCCCAGCCGCAAGUUCUUUGAGCAGGAGGUGUUCAAGACAGACCAGCACCAUGCCUACUCACUCACUGAGGUGAUAGGGAAGUGCUAUGUGCUACCUCUGAUGGAUUAUGUCAAGAUGGCUCCUGAGAACGUGGAUGAGAAGGACAUCUUUGUGUGUGAGUCUCGCUACAACAGCAGGAACAGGUUCUUCAAGAAAAUCAAGUCUUUCCCAUUCAAUAUUGGGGACCGUGUGAAACUGGUGGAGCGGCCGGAGCCUCUGGAGAUGAAGCGUGUGGACUCUAUCUUCAAGGAGAGGAUAGAGCGCCACAAGGAGGAGUUGGCUGAGCUGGAAGAGGAGACCAAAGUCAUCCGUCGUCCACUUCCGAAUGUAGCCAAGGUGCAGUUGGAUGGGACAUCUGGCAACACCUACUAUGAGCAGUACAACAUCUCCUCUGGUCCCAUCAAGGUUGGGGACUACACCUACGUUAAGGGACGGGAGUCUGGCAAGAAAUCCAUCAGGCAAAUCAGUCAGUUGUGGGUCACACCUGAGGGAACAGCCUAUUUUGUUGGCACAGUAUUCAAGUACGCCUCACAGACAAACCCCAGUGGGGAGCAGCUAUCUUACCGCCAGGAAGUGUAUCUCACGGCUGGUGUGGAAACCCUGCCUGUGUCUGACAUUACUGGCCGCUGCAUGGUGAUGGACAUGAAGGACUACUGCUCCUUCCGCCUCACUGAGAUAAGUGAGAGUGACGUCUACGUUUGCGAGAGCUUCCUGGAUGAGAUGAACCAACGGGUGAGUUCCCUCCAGAAUGGCCUGCGCAAGUACAAGCUCUCCAACCUGGUCAAUGCUGAUGAGAUUUACUACUUCAAAAAACCCAUCAACAUCAACAAGUUUGACCCUUCUGUGAUUGCCUUCAAGAAGCAGCCACUUCCCUACGAAUCCUCCCCUCUGACCCCGCGCAUGGACCUGGAUUAUGAUGACUCCAUGGAUGGACCACCUCCCUCAGUGGCUUCCGUGGACUCUGGCAUCAUCACAGGCACUCCCAAGGCCAUCAAGAAGACCCCCACUGGACAGAAGCAGUUUCAGCAGAUGACUGGGAAGAAACAGAUGACAGGCUACAUCCUAUUUGCUGCUGAGAUCAGGAAGAGCAUCACACUCAAGAAUCCCACAGCAAACUUUGGUGAAGUGUCCCGUCUGGUGGGCAUAGAGUGGAAGCGGCUCACUGAAACAGACCGCAAGCUGUAUGAGGAUCGCGCCCACCAGAUGAACCUGGAGAGUGCCGAGCGAGCCCUUAGUGGGAAUGGCCCAGACUCCCCUCAGGCUUCCCAGGCAACGCCCCAACAGCCCUCGUCCCAAGACCUGCCGCUACCCAACAACCCAGACGUGGUGUUUGAGUGCAUGUGGGAGAGUUGUGACCACAUGUUUGAAGAUCUGGCUGACCUUAGUGACCACCUGCUACUGGAGGCAACUGGGCAUGUCUUUAAAGUUACGCAAGAGUUUGAAUGCAGAUGGAGAGGAUGCUCCCGGCACAAGAAGAGCUCACUGGCACCCUUCCCCUUGGUGCAGCGACUGGCCAGGCAUGUGCGGGAAGUGCACAUUCUGAAGAACACGGGACGCAUUAUCCAGCACCAUGACAGAUCCAGAAAUUUCUCAGCCUCUACUCGGCGAUCACUUUUGUCACUACAAUCCUCAGCCACUACCUCCAGUACCUGCACCACCGGUUCCCAACACUCUCUACUGCAGGGCCUCCAUGGGCGAGGAGUCACCUUACCCUCAGGGGUGGUUGUCAACUACCCUAGCAUGACCAGCAGUGGCCAGGUGACUCACCAUUCUCACCUAGCCUCAGGUGGUAUUAAUGGCAGCUCCACACCCACAAAAUCCCUGGAGCCCAUAUUUGUGGCUCCUCCUCCCAAGACACAGAGGCUGCUCCACUCCGAGGCCUACAUCAAGUACAUUGAGAACUUGGACAAGCCCUUCAUCAGCAACUGGGAGAAACACUUGAUGGCCACACAGGAUAACACGGUCAUCAAUGACUCGGGGCGCCUCCCAGCCCAGUGGCUUGCCAAUGGUCCAGGCAGUCACGGCACUGUGGUCAACGCCUUGUGGGCUUUGCGUGAAUACAUGAUGAAGGACUCUUUAGGAAUUGCAAAAAUUUUGUGACCCGAUACGAGAUCCGGAGACAGCAAAAAGGAAGAAGUGAGUAAGCCAGUAAAUUCAGGCCAGUCGGCCACCAUUACUCUUCUUCCAACUGCCUUCUCCUUUUCUGUGUCAACGUCUGUCAGUGAGCUAGGCUGAGGCUGGCUGCCUGGGCCACCCAGUAGUUUGUGUUGGCCUAUUUUACUGCAAUGUAGCUGUGUAAUGUAACAUUUAGGUGAAAUUUUAUGGGCAUUGAAAAAUUAUAAUUGUUUUGUUUUGUAAUGAUGGUAGUCAGUAGUGUAGCAUAUGUUGCCAACAUACCAGUGACCAGGUGCCAUAGGACUCCUUUUGUUUGCACUCAUGUUUAAGUAUUAACUGGGCAUUAAAACCAUGGAAAGUUGAAGUAUAGCAAAGCAGAGUAUAUUGUAGUCUAUCCUGGGUAUUGUUUACCGAGAAGAGCCGUUAUUGAUUGAAGCAUUUUAUAUUAGACCGAUAUAGUUUAGAUAGAUAAUAGAAUUCCUUACAUUAGCUCUUAUUGGAUAUAUGAUAUCACAGUUUAAACAGCAAGUUAAGCUUUAUCAAUAUUAACUUGAUUAUUUUAAUAGUCCCAUUUUUCAAUUCUCAUUUCUAGAAUAAUUAUGAAAUACUUUGGUACAAAAAAUACCUGCUUUUUGUGUAAGCCAUUUAUGAAUCUCCAUUAAGCCAAGCAGUGUGCCUUGUGUUUGCUGACUGCAGAUGUGAUCACUCCACCAGCCAGGCAGACUGGCUGCACCGUUUAUGGUCCUCUGUCCAAGGUGAGGCCAAUGCUGCUGUGGGUGAUAGAAUGCUUUUCUUUCACCCUUAGUAAUGUGACUUUGCCUGUGUGGCCAAACAAGAUGCACUGCAUCACAACUCGCCCAUCACUGUUUAAAGAUCAGUUCAAGUUCAGUAACCACAGCCACCUCUGCGUGUUUCAUGGGUGUCCCCGUAGAAUACUUCCUGUAAGCACGAAUAUAAAACAUGCAUUUUUGUAUAUGUGUAUAGUUUCAGUAAUUAUGAGUUGUAGCCAGUGUUCUGCACUAUAAUGAGUUUUGUUAAGUCAUGUUUCCUGGCUGUUUGCCUAAGGAAGGCAGCAAGGUGUCUCAUAAAAUUCCCAACCUAAAGGUACAAAUGUAGUUUAAGAGCCUCGGAGCUCAGUCUUGUUAUCCCCAACUGGAAUCGAAUAGCUGAACUCUUAGUGCCACCACCUGCAGUCUUGCUGGUGACAUGUGACUUUUUUUUACAUGUAUUAGAAAUUGGUAGAUCAAUAUUUUUUAUUAAAUUGAUUUAAAAUGUCUUUUUACUGUGCAUUACGGUUUAAGAAUUGUCUGAAGUACAACAGACUGAAUGUGCAAUUUCAUGAGAAAGAGAAAAGGUUUUGUGGCAGACUAUGUUAGUGUUAGAUUUAUACACAAUUUUAUUAAUAAAAAUAACAAAAUUUA